UAAAAAUAAGAACCAACGGCCGUAAAGCCUCCGAUCAAAAGAAUAAUUAUAAAAUAAUAAAAAAGGAACUUUCCCAUUUUCUUUUAGUAUUUUUUUAUUUUCAUUUCUGCUGGAAUCUAUAUAAAAACCCCCCGGGUAUCAGCCGCCUCAAUUCUGACCGCUGAACUCUCAAUCUCAGAGUCGUCAUCUCUCUGAGUUCUCCCCUCCGAUCAGCGUCGUCGCGCCACUACAUUUUUACCGGCGAAGCUUUUUCUGGUGAGAGAAUACAGAACGCAGCAGCCAUGUGUGGAAUCCUCGCCGUCCUCGGUUGCAUUGAUAACUCUCAAGCAAAACGUUCCAGAAUUAUUGAGCUCUCCCGAAGGUUACGUCAUAGAGGUCCUGAUUGGAGUGGUUUGCAUUGCUACCAGGACUGUUAUCUUGCCCAUCAGCGUUUGGCCAUCAUAGAUCCUACUUCCGGGGAUCAGCCACUGUACAAUGAAGACAAGACAAUCAUUGUCACGGUUAAUGGAGAGAUUUAUAACCACGAGGAGUUAAGGGACAAGCUGAAGGAUUCUCAUACGUUCCGAACUGGAAGUGACUGUGAAGUCAUUGCACAUCUUUAUGAAGAAUAUGGAGAAGAUUUUGUUGACAUGCUUGAUGGGAUGUUCUCCUUUGUGCUUCUUGAUACCCGUGACAAAAGUUUCAUUGCUGCCCGGGAUGCUAUUGGUAUUACACCCCUUUACAUGGGUUGGGGCCUUGACGGAUCAGUUUGGUUCGCAUCAGAGAUGAAGGCCCUGAGUGAUGAUUGUGAGCGCUUCAUGUCCUUCCUUCCGGGGCAUAUUUAUUCAAGCAAGACGGGAGAUCUAAGAAGAUGGUAUAAUCCAGUAUGGUACUCAGAACAGAUUCCUAGCGCUCCAUAUGAUCCCUUAGUUUUGCGCAAUGCCUUUGAGAAGGCUGUAGAUAAGAGACUUAUGACAGAUGUGCCAUUUGGUGUUCUUUUAUCCGGUGGCCUGGAUUCAUCACUUGUUGCUGCAGUUGCCUCUCGUCAUAUGGCUAAAGUAGAGGGUGCCGCGAAAUGGGGUUCGAAAUUGAAAACCUUUUGUAUUGGCUUAAAGGGUUCUCCAGAUUUAAAAGCUGCCAGAGAAGUAGCUAAAUAUCUUGACACAGAGCACUAUGAGUUUCACUUCACAGUUCAGGAAGGAUUAGACGCACUUGAGGAGGUUAUAUAUCACAUUGAAACUUAUGACGUGACAACUAUUCGAGCCAGUACUCCGAUGUUUCUUAUGUCACGUAAAAUAAAGUCUUUGGGAGUUAAAAUGGUUCUAUCUGGAGAAGGUUCUGAUGAAAUAUUUGGUGGUUAUUUGUACUUCCAUAAGGCGCCUAACAAGGAGGAAUUUCACCAAGAAUUGUGCCGCAAGAUUAAAGCUCUUCAUCUUUAUGACUGUUUGCGAGCAAACAAAUCGACGUCAGCCUGGGGUCUUGAAGCUCGUGUGCCCUUCUUGGAUAAGGAGUUCAUAAAUGUUGCUAUGAGCAUUGAUCCUGGAUGGAAAAUGGUUAGACCUGAUCAGGGAAGAAUAGAGAAGUGGAUUUUGCGUUAUGCAUUUGAUGAUGAGGAGAAACCUUACCUGCCGAAGCACAUCUUGUACAGGCAGAAGGAGCAAUUUAGCGAUGGAGUUGGAUAUAGUUGGAUUGAUGGCUUAAAAGAUCAUGCAAAUGAGCAGGUUACUGAUGCUAUGUUAGCAAAUGCAAAUUUUGUUUAUCCUGAGAAUACGCCAUCCACAAAAGAGGCAUACUACUACAGGACUAUCUUUGAGAAGUUCUUUCCCAAGAGGGAUUUCUCUUGGAUAUUUAUGGACCCAUGCUCUUUGAUCCAUGAGCUCAUUGUGAUUUGCUUUUCCUUUGACUAGAAUGCUGCAAGAUCAACUGUUCCUGGAGGUCCGAGUGUGGCAUGCAGCACCGCAAAAGCAGUUGAAUGGGAUGCUGCUUGGUCAAACAAUCUUGAUCCAUCAGGUAGAGCUGCUCUUGGUGUCCAUGUAGCUUCUUACAAUGAUUCCUCAGAGGGUAAGGUAGCGACGACGUUGGAGACCUCACCUCAAAAACUAGAAGUGGAAAAGACUGCAGUGACUGUUUAAUAUGUGGAUACGUAUGUUCAGUCUGACAACUUCUUCUCAACUAAGCUUCUGUUGUUGUAUUGAGGUCGUAAUUUUAAUCUGGUUGCUGUUCUGUAUUGAAGCUCUUUGUAACUUGCUAAGGAAAAAAUCCCAGAAGAUUAAAACUUUGUUUAGUUCUU